GAAGGGACACAGCUGUCUCUUGUCGCUGGCCGUGCCAAACGUCCUGGUGUCGCUGCUGAAGGUGCUGGUGCGGGGAGAGGCGGGGGUGAUUUGGGCCGGGGCGGAGCUGGCGGCGUUGGGAGGAGGCGGCACGGCCGCAGCAGAGCCGGGGCUGAGGGGCACAGCGAGGCUCGGCCGGCGGAGCGGCGGCAUGCGGCGGUGUCGGGGCGCGGGGCUGGCGGCGCUGGCCGCGGUGCUGCUGCUCGUGGCUGUGGCCAGAGCGCAGGUACAGCAGGAGCCGUUAUUGGAGACCACCGAAGGCACCAGCAUCAACAUCACCUGCUCACAUCCCAAAAUCCAGACCAACGAUAUGAUCUACUGGUACCGCCAGCUCCCGGGCCGGGGACCCGAAUUCCUCGUGAGCAUUCACAAGGACUCCAAAAAGCUGCCGGGCAUUGCAGGAGAGCUGUGGGUGUCGGCAGACCGGCGCUGGAGCGCGCUGCGGCUCGGUGGGCCCCGGCGCGGGGACGCGGCCGUGUAUUACUGCGCGCUGGGCCCACGGGCAGAGGAGCCGGGGCUGCGGCCGGGCACGAACCGCCGCGGGCGGGGCCGGGCGGGGCCAGCAGGGGGCGCUGCCGCUCCGCCCGCCGGGGCCGCCUCGCCCCGCUCGGCCCGGGACCCCGGGGCGCUGCCGGCACCGGCACCGGCAAUGGGACCGGCAAUGGGACAGGGACCGGCACCGGCGCCGGCAAUGGGACCGGCAAUGGGACUGGCAAUGGGACCGGCACCGGCACCGGCACCGGCAAUGGGACCGGCAAUGGGACCGGCAAUGGGACCGCAAUGGGACUGGCACCGGCACCGGCAAUGGGACCGGCAAUGGGACAAGCAAUGGGACCGGCAAUGGGACCGGCAAUGGGACCGCAAUGGGACUGGCACCGGCACCGGCAAUGGGACCGGCAAUGGGACAAGCAAUGGGACCGGCAAUGGGACCGGCAAUGGCACCGGCAAUGGGACCGGCAAUGGGACCAGCACCGGCACUGACACCGGCUCCGGCAGCGACUCCAGCAUCCACACCGACACCGGCACCGACAACGGCAGCUCCAUCGUGGAAUCACCGACCUUCUGUCACGAUCCGCUUAUAGCGGGGUGUCGUGAUGCUUUGUUAGCCGGUCCCAAAGGGUCUCAGUCUCAGUCUCUGGAUCUCCGUCUGUCCUGGUGGUAG